AUGUCGAGUUUAAAACCACCCCUAAACGUCCUCAUCGUAGGCGCAGGUGUUUGCGGCCCUGCCCUUGCCCUCAUGCUUCAACGCUCUAAUCCACAGCACACAAUCACAGUCAUAGAACGGUCUGUCACGUUACGCACAGGUGGUCAGCAGAUUGAUCUCAAAGCCCAAGGCAUUCCAAUCAUGAAACAAUUGGGUUUACUCGAGACGGUCGGAUCGUACUGUGUCAAAGAGAGCGGUAUGGAGUUUGUCGACAGGAAUGGCAAAAGCUUGAUGCAAUUCGGCGUAACGAGUGCCGAAGAGAAAGCAAGGACAUUCAACCUAACAACCGAAUUCGAGUUCAUGCGAGGAGACUUUGUAAAGAUGAUAUAUGACAUCAGUUUGCAAGAGCGAGAAACACUGACCGCCAACGGACAAACCAAAGGCAGUCUAACAUACGAAUUCAACAAAACCAUCACCGCUCUCUCACAACCCCCAUCAUCCCCCACGACAACAGUGACCUUCUCCACCGGCGAAACUAAAGUCUUCGAUCUCGUAGUCGCAGCAGAUGGCCAAGGCUCACGGACCCGCCGUCUAGCCUUUGGACAAGAAACCAGUACCUCAUCAUUCAAGUCCCUCAACAUCCACGCCGCGUUCUUCAACGUCCCCCGCCUGCCCACCGAAGACAACUUGGCACGCAUUUACUUCGCACCCAAUAACCGCGCAGUAAUGACACGCACAGGCGAUCGACCAAUCACACAAGUCUACUUCUUCAUCAUGAAAGACAGGGACCGCGCGUCGCAAAUGCAAGCCAUGUACAAACGCCCCUUGUCCGAGCAAAAAGCCGCUUGGGCAGAAAUAUACACUGAUGCCGGGUGGGACUGUCCACGGUUCCUGCGGGAAUUGAACGACGUCAAUGAUUUCUAUGCUACGGAAAUUGGGCAGGUCAAGAUGCCUGAGCAUCGUCUUUACAAUGGCCGUGUUGUGUUGCUCGGCGAUGCUGGGUAUUGUCCUUCGUCUUUUACAGGUAAAGGCACGACACUGUCGCUCAUCGGGGGUUAUGUUCUCGCUGGCGAACUAGCGAGACAUGGUAAUGAUGUCGACGCUGCACUUGCGGCUUAUCAAGAGACAAUGAAGCAGCCGAUUGAAGAAUGCCAGAAGCUUGGUGGGCUGAAUGAUGGGCAGGGGUUCUUUCCCGCGUCGAAGUGGGGGAUUUGGAUGGCGAAUCAUGUGCUUUGGACGAUGUCGAGUCUUAGAGUUGAUAAGGUGCUAGGGUGGCUUGCGGGAAUUUUGCUAGGGGGGGAAGAAAAGAGGUGGGAGUUACCCGAGUAUUCCGAGUUGGAUUUGAGAACUCCGAGGAGGGAGUGA